CCCUGGUCCACAACCGUCACAGUCUGGUCUUCCCGUCUAAUGGCCGCUGCCUCCGCCAUGGCUGAGGCUUCCUCUAAGACGACCUCUGAGGAAGACCAGAGCAUCCAAGAGCCCAAAGAGGCCAACUCCACGACCGCCCAGAAGAAGAGGCGAGGGCUCCGAGGUUCCCGCAGGCGCCAUGCCAACCGCCGCAGGGACAACUUCGGGGACAGCUUUGCCGCCUAUUUCCCUCAGGUGCUGAAGCAGGUUCACGAGGGCCUCAGCCUUUCCCCUGAGUCCGUGAGUGUCAUGGAUUCUAUGGUCCAUGACAUAUUGGACCGCAUUGCCACCGAGGCUGGUCGCCUGGCCCGCUACGCCAAUCGUGUGACCAUCACCUCCCGGGACAUCCAGGUGGCCGUGCGCCUACUGCUGCCGGGGAAGAUGGGCAGGCUCGCUGAGGCCCAGGGCACGAAUGCCACCCUCAGAACUUCAUUAUGUGCGAUAUGGCAACAGAGAAAGUGA